AUGUCUGCACAUCGUCCCACAUUCGAAGCUGCCAAGGGGCGGGCGCCCUCUGCGCGCGAAUCGCAGCAGGUGUCGCUGCGUCACAUCCCCGCACAGACCAAACUCAAGUUCCGAACUCCAGCUGCCGAUGCGCCGCGUCGAGACCUCAAGCGCGAGUUGCAGCUCGCCGAAUGGACCGCCACCAAUCGCAAGCGCGCCAAACAGGGGCUCGAUGCCCUACCCCCUCCCACCACCGAAUCGCAAGGCGACGAUGCAGGAGAGAGUAGGCAAACUGCGCUAGCUCUCGCGUUGGAACUGGAUCAAGACAGCGAAAGCGAAGCCGAAGGUUCUGCCUCCCAUCACGACGCCGACGACAAAGAAGAUAGUGAGGAGGAAGAGGAAGAGGAGGAGGAGGACGAGAGUGAAGAGGAGAGUGAGGAUGAGCAAGCAGCGCUGCUGCGCGAACUCGAGAAGAUCAAGGCGGAACGAGCCGCCGAAGCCGCACGACGGGCCGCGUCGGCAGCAGCAGCCGACCAGCUCUCGCGCGACGACGAAAUCGCAGCAGGCAAUCCACUGCUCAACCUCCGGUCCGCCAUGGCAUCCAGCACAGCCGGCAAAGCUCAAGACUUUGGCGUGCAGCGCAGAUGGGACGACGACGUCAUCUUCAAGAACCAAGCCGCUCCUCGCUCCUCCGGCGCGCAGGGAUUCGUCAAUGAUCUUUCGCGUUCAGAGUUCCAUAAAAAGUUCAUGAACCGUUACAUCAAGUAG